UUAUACGCUUUAUUUUUCAAAAACCCAAAUCGGAAGUGUUAUUAUCGUACAAGUACACUUAUAACAAGUAUCUGUUUUAAUUAAUUAACUUUGAAGGACACUAAACCAUCAAGUUGGACGAAAAUGUUACUAUUCUUUGUUAUAUUACAGUCUUUUGUAGGUGUUUUGGAUGCCUAUAGCGACUGUACAUACUACUAUAGUUACAGCUAUGAUCAGGUCGGGAGUUCCUGUACUUAUUAUAGCAAUAGUUAUUACGUCUAUAGCCGUGUGUACUCAAUAUCAGCUCCAAUAAUUGUGGUAAUAGCCCUUGGGGCCCUUGUUGGACUAGGCAUUUUCAUUACAAUACUGGUGUGUGUAUGCUGCAGACGUGGUCGUCGAUCAACAGGCGUGGUUGUAAGCGGAAAUACCGCCCAGCCAACGACAGGUUAUAUCUAUCCAACCAAUCCAAACAGUAAGUUAUUUCAUAAAUAUAGGAAGAUGUGGUACAUUGAAUGAGUGCUAAUUAUACUU